AUGCUGAACGCCAGCGUGCCCGACAGCCCCGAGGAAAACAGCGCCACUCUGGGCCUGACGCUGACUCUGGACAAGCUCUCUGUGAACCUCAGUUCCAGCCUCAACACAUCCCACUCUCAGGUGGUUCAGCCAAACCUGGUGGUCCAGUCGGCACACGUUCCUGCCGCCGGCACUCAGGGGGUCCAGUUCACGUGUGUGGCAGGAACAUCUGGCCAUUUUGUAGACAACCGGAUUCAGCUGAACACCAACACGUCCACCAUUGUGGUGGGAAGCGGGUCCAUAGCCGACGCCCUGAUGUACGUACGCUUCCCACCAGUCUCUGAAGAAGCUGUCAGCAGCCGUCAGCAGCCGUCCGACGUCUCUCUGGGUUUUGUCCUCUACCAGAACAACCGAUUCUUUAGGUCAAGGCUCUACAGGACGAGUCGGGCCACUGUCAGGGUUCUGUCAGCCAGCAUUGAAGGUCGGGAGCGCAGCGCUGUGCCACAACAUGUGGAGAUGCUGUUCAGACCGACAGUGCCGAGCGCUGCGUCUCUGCACGACUUCGCCUGUGUUUUCUGGGACUACAGCCUUCAGGACUGGAGCACCGUUGGCUGCUCCAAAGGAAAUGCUUCAGACGGAGUCCUGAGGUGUUUCUGCAACCACACCACCAACUUCGCUGCUCUCUGGUCCUUCACAGAGAACUACGAGUAUGCACAGGCCCUGGAAGUGAUCUCCAUCGUUGGUCUUUGCUUUUCCAUCCUGGGCCUGCUCGUCACCAUCAUUCACCACGUCAGAGAGAAUUUAGAGAGGAAGCCUGGCAAGCGUCAGAACAAGUCAACCGUGGCUCUGCUGUGCAUGUGUGUGAGCCUGUUGGCCUUCAUCAUCACCUUCCUCUCUGGAGUGGAGAACUCCAACAGACAGGGUGAAGUGCAGGUGGAGAUCAGCCAGACCAACAUCAUCCCGGGCUCUGACCAACACGUGCACCGGGACCACGGCUCAUGUUCGGCGGUGGCAGCCCUGCUCCACUUCUUCCUGCUGGCCACCUUCAUGUGGAACGGCGUGUUCGGCACUGAGGUAGUGCUGCUGGUGCGGACGCUGCGCCGCAGCCUCCCUCCAUACUGGACCCCAGGCAGUAUGGCUGUUGGAUGGGGGGUCCCAGCCGUCAUCAUGCUGGUCACACUUGGAGCGACCUACAGUGUGGACAACCCUCUGGAAUACAGACAGGAGGAAUUCUGCUGGUUGGCUGCUCUGGAUAAAUCCAAACACUUCGACUUUGGGAAGCCCAUGUUUUGGGGCUUCCUCCUUCCUGUCGCUUUGAUCCUGAUCUACAACAUUGUGCUGCUGGCGCUUAUCUCUCUGACCACGUGCAGGACAGACCCUGACCUGGCCAGCACCAAGCCUUCGCCUCUCAGGAAGAAGUUCCUCAUCAGCUUCUCUCUGGCCGUGGUUCUGGGUCUGUCCUGGACCCUGGGGUACCUGGUCCUCGUCAGUACAGGACACACCCACCUGGUCUUCAGUAUCGUCUUCUGCAUCUGUACGACCACACAGGGGUUUCAGAUCUUCAUCCUGUUCACAGCCAGAAGGCCGAGCUUCAGAGCGGCUGUGUCCCACUCUGUGCAGCACCUCUCGUCUGUCAGCAUCCCGCUGCACAGCGCAAAGUACAUGCUGUGGAAGAGUUGGGGCACAACCAGAGGCAGCACCGAGUGCUACAGAGACCUCAGUCAGGAGCGCAGCUUCACCAGCAAAGAGCUGUAGGAGCCGAUGGAGACCCUGGCCACAUCAUGAAGCUUGGGUCAACAUCCUUUGAUCAGUGGUUUUUAUAUCAACACAGACAAUGAUCAGCAGCAGUGGCUCAGAUCAUGGAGCCAAUCUACUGACUAGUCCCCCUCCGCUCAAACUGUGUGGACUUCACUGUGUUGUCCU